AUGGUUGUUAUGCAUUACUCCAGGAUAAUGCCUCUGACUGGAGAGCAACGAUACCACGCAAGCACAAGCGUCUUCUUGAACGAGGUCAUCAAGCUCGCUAUAAGCUUGACUAUGGCAUUACACGAAAUGUCGGGCAACCUUCCUUCGAACACGACGAUCCCCACACUCUUCCGUACCCUGAUGACCGCGAUCUUUACGAACGAAAGCUGGAAGCUUGCGAUACCCGCCGUGCUAUACACGAUACAGAACUCUCUCCAAUACAUCGCUGUCAGUAACUUGGACGCCGCGACGUUUCAGGUCACAUACCAGCUCAAGAUCCUGACGACGGCUAUCUUCAGUGUGUUGAUGCUGGGCAGAACACUCUCGGCGCGCAAAUGGCUAUCGCUUUUGCUUCUCAUCAUCGGCGUCUCUAUUAUACAAGUACCGCAAGCGACUGCGCCGUCACCACCACAAGCAUCUGGUGCAAAGCCAUGGACCAAGACGCUGGAGCAGCUACACGACCUUGGUGAGAAUGUCGCAGGGCGGCUAGGGAGACGGUCUGGGUCAUACGAGGGCAUACACGAGGAUCGUGCAGCCCAGAUACCCCACAUGAAUUACCGGGUUGGGCUCAUGGCUGUCCUGAUCUCCUGCGCGCUUUCAGGCCUAGCUGGAGUUACCUUUGAGAAGAUCUUGAAGGACUCAACAAGCGCCAAGCAGACGCCGCUCUGGGUCCGCAACUGCCAGCUCUGUUUCUGGUCGCUCUUUCCGUCGUUGUUCCUGGGCGUGAUAUGGAAGGAUGGGGAGAUCAUAGCGAAGACUGGAUUCUUCGUCGGCUACAACUGGGUGGUGUGGACGGCUAUUGGUCUUCAAGCAGCUGGUGGCAUUGUGGUUGCGCUCGUCAUCAACUAUGCCGAUAAUAUCGCCAAGAACUUUGCGACAUCGAUCUCCAUCUUGGUUAGUUGCAUUGCAAGCGUAUACUUCUUUGACUUCAGGGUCACGCGAUCAUUCUUCCUAGGCACAUGCGUCGUACUGUUCGCGACCUAUCUUUACACCAAGCCUGAGCGGGGCUCGCAAUCGCUGCCAGUCAGGAUUGCCGACUUCGAGAAGACUACGGUGGAUCGCACCAUCGAUACCAACAAGCCGCGGAGGUCAUCAGUGUAUGAGGCUGCUCCAAAAGCAGCACCGGAGUCGCCCUCUAUAGAACGGCAUUCCCAUAAGCGAGAUGCUUGA